UGCAUCGAACUUUACGCUUCAAGGGAAAACAAAGGUGGGAAAGGCUGGGGGGAAAAUCCACGCUUGAUGGGUCGGGGUCCCGCUUUCGAGCUUCCCUUUCAUACCAUUAUCCUCGACUUGACCUUCGCUCUUGUUUGGUGGGGAAACACAGAGCUAGAAAGGUGUCCCCUUUGUCGGACUUUUUUACGAGAUGCCAGCGAUUGGACCUUCCUUGCCACCUCAUCUCGCCAAGCGGGACAUCGCUGACAAGGAAGAUGUCUCUUUGACAUCCGUCCAAGACCCAUCGGACGGCGCAGAUGAUCAGCUUCGACCAGCUUCGGCGUCAGCUGCUGCCGCAGCAGCAGCCGCCGCUGCCGCCGCCGCUUCUGAUUCCGGAAUGAUUGGAUUCGCAAUGCCAAGUACGGCCGUGGAGCAGGAGCCGUUGAAGGGAGCAGGUGCGGAAAUGAGUCAGGAGGAAGAAGAGCCAGAGACUAGUAUAGCUAUUCACGACGAGGAUGAAUGGGUCAAAGGUACAACGCAAGCUGGCUCUUCGGCCAGCAAGAAGGGAGCCGAAUUAAGCGAAGGUGCGCGUCGCUUUUUGCAGAGGGAACAACGUAUGCGCCAAGCUGCUGCUUCGGAUCAGAAGCAAUCGGUCCUGAGCGCGCCGCCAAAGAGGGACGAUUGGAUGUUGAGACCACCUUCGCCAAAAUCUUUGGCUGCUCAGCUAGGUGCUGAUCCCAGCUCGGCUCUCAAGGCUAGAGGUUUCAGUCAAGCAGGAAGAGUCCAGUCCAAAGGAGGCGCAUCCGGUGUGAAUGUUGGCGAUGAUGGGAGUUUGUGGACGGAGACGCCGGCUGAACGAGAACAGAGAGUCAGGGAGGAAGAGCUGGGUAUACGUGGACGUAAAGCGUUAGGGGAAGAGAGCAGUGUGACCUUGAAGCAGGAACAGGAGAGACAAAGGGAAAAAGAAAAGGAGGAAGAGAUACGUCGAGCGAUUCGGGAUCAUGACCCGGCUCGCGGCACGUCGUUGCUGGAGCAACACAGACAAGCAAGGGUUGCCGAGAUGAAAGCGGAUGCCGAAAAAGGAAAAGACAGGGGCAAGGCCAGCUCGUCUCCUCGUCAUCGAGGAGAGCAUCACGAUCGGCACCGCUCCGAGCGACGUCGUCGAAGUAGAUCGUACAGUGAAAGCGAGAGCGAGGAUGCUGCAGAAGAAAGAAGGAGGCGCGAAAGAAGAAGAGAGCGAGAGCGGAGUCGAUCGCCACGUCGAAGCACUGGCAAGUCGAGGCAUCGAGAGCGGUCGCGCUCUCCCUCCGUCUCACGAUUAGAUAUCGAGGAAGAAGAGCGCAGACGGCGGCGGAAGAGGAAAGAGCGAGAACAUAAAGAGGAAAAGGAGGCGAGGAGAGCGCAAAGAAAAGCCGAAAAGGCCCGGGAAGCGGAGAAGGCGGCUGCCAAGCAACGGAGGGUCAAGGAAGAGAAGGAGAAAGCAGCGCCGGUGGUUUGGGACAGGGACGCUGUUUUGGGACAGAGCGGCAAGAUGUUUGACGAUAAGAAGAGAGCGGCCAUGAUCCGAGACGCUGCAGGAUUGCGUGACCGCUUCGGCACAUCAUCCAGCGGUGCCUUUCUCAAAUAGGAGACACGAUCUCACACAUGCUUGCGCCAGACCGCUGCCAUGUUCUGCGAGUGAAUGCUAUUGCGUUUCUUACUGUUACAAUGAGUGUAGUGCUGAGUGCCAAGGCACAUCGCCAAACA